AUGAUCAAUGAAUCCUUAAUAAAUCAAGAACCUCAACACCUCUAUGAUUAUUUCCCAACUAAUAACUCAUGUCCAUAAGCAGAUAUAAACUAAGAUGAAUCGCCAAUUAGGCAGCAUUAUAUUAGUUCUCUAUGCUUCUAACUGAGAAAAAAAAUCAAACGACAAAAAAAUCGACCAAGCCUUUUGAAAAUAGAAGAUAGUGGAAGAAAUGUAAAACUAUAUUCUUGCUCACUUUUUAAUAAUAAAGAGAAACCUGAAAAUGAUACUGAGUGA